CGAAGAUCCAGUGGUUGUCAGCUGAACUUUCAAAUCGAAAAUGGGUGACCACCAGGCCAAGAGCGAAACUGCGUCGUUGAUCGAGCACAGGGCCUACGCCAGGGUGGGCCUGCUUGGGAACCCGAGUGACGUUUAUUUCGGCCGGACGAUCUCCUUCAGCCUUGGCAACUUCUGGGCCACCGUGUGUUUGCAGCCGUCCGAUGAUCUCGUCAUCCAACCCCACCCCAUCCACGACCUCGUCGUUUUCAAAUCCCUGGACCACCUGGUGAAUCGAUUAGAUAGUGAGGGUUAUUAUGGAGGCGUCCGAUUGCUGAUGGCAAUUUGCAAAGUCUUCCUUGAUUAUUGCAAAGAAAACGAGAUUCAGUUAGAGGCUCGAAAUUUCACUCUCUCAUAUGAUACUAAUAUCCCUCGACAGACAGGACUUUCAGGGUCUAGUGCUAUUGUCUGUGCAGCCCUGAGCUGCCUUCUUGAUUUUUACAAGGUUAGGCAUUUGAUCAAAGUCGAGGUCCGCCCUGGCCUCGUCCUUAGUGCCGAGAAGCAACUUGGAAUUGUUGCCGGUCUUCAAGAUCGUGUUGCCCAGGUGUAUGGUGGCCUUGUUUACAUGGAAUUUGACAAGGAGCACGUGGAUACUUCGGGGCAUGGCAUUUACACACCCAUGGAUGUCAGUCUCCUCCCACCUCUUCAUCUUGUCUAUGCCGAGAAUCCAAGUGAUUCCGGGAAGGUACAUAGUACGGUUCGUCAAAGGUGGCUCAAUGGCGACGAGUUUAUAAUAUCAUCCAUGACGGAAGUUGCAAAUAUUGCACUAGAAGGAAGGACGGCAUUACUUGAAAAGGACUACACUAAACUAGCAGCGCUCAUGAACCGUAAUUUUGACUUUAGAAGAAGCAUGUUUGGAGAUGAUGCUCUUGGCGCUUUAAACAUAGAAAUGGUGGAGGUGGCUCGAAGUGUGGGUGCAGCAUCCAAAUUCACAGGUAGCGGUGGGGCUGUAGUCGUAUUUUGCCCAGAUGGUCCUUCACAAGUGAAGCUCUUAGAGGAUGCUUGCCAAAAGGCUGGUUUUAAACUUGAACCGAUACAAGUCGUUCCCUCUCUUCUAAAUGAGGUUGAUCUUCAAACUCUCUCAAAAUAGGCGAGUGCUUGGGGUCCUUUCACUUUUGUUCUUGACACCCUCCCCCCCCUUUUCUCCCCGUCUCACAUUGGUUUAUAUUGGUAAAGUUGAACUGUGAAUUUUUGGUGGAUGCUCCAUUAAUAAAAGGGAACGACGUUAAUUUGAUUCAA